AUGCCCCGCCCACAUGGUGCUAAAGACACCAUUAACACAAAUACAAAGUUAGCUGCUCCACAGCCGCUCUACAGCCUACUCUACAGUCUCUCUACAGCCACUCUACAGCCGCUCUACAGCCGCUCUACAGCCGCUCUACAGCCGCCUCUACAGUCGCUCUACAGCCUACUCUACAGCCUACUCUACAGCCUACUCUACAGCCUACUCUACAGCCUACUCUACAGCCUACUCUACAGCCGCUCAACAGUCUCUCUACAGCCGCUCUACAGCCGCUCAACAGUCUCUCUACAGCCGCUCUACAGCCGCUCUACAGCCGCUCUACAGCCGCCUCUACAGCCGCCUCUACAGCCGCUCUACAGCCGCUCUACAGCCACCUCUACAGUCGCUCUACAGCCUACUCUACAGCCUACUCUACAGCCGCUCUACAGCCUACUCUACAGCCGCUCUACAGCCUACUCUAUAGCCUACUCUACAGCCUACUCUACAGCCUACUCUACAGCCUACUCUACAGCCUACUCUACAGCCGCUCUACAGCCUACUCUACAGCCUACUCUAUAG